AGUCGGUAGAUCUCGCCGCGCUGAGGAGGACGGCGAAUAAAUUUACAUUAUAUUAAUUAGCGACACGUAGCUGGUGAGGAAGACAAGAUGUUGAAGUGAAAGAUCAAUGUUGUUCCAGAAAAAAAGUUUGCGUAGAUGCUCGGAAAGGUGCUGCUAGAACUUAGUUCAAGUUAGUUGCAAGCAAAUUCGGAAUUUCCAGACAAAGAAAAGUACGUAGCAUACUGAGUACGUACUCUUGCCCAAGAUAAACACACGAGAUACGAGGAGGGCACGACUCUACUUCACAAGUAGCUAUAGCAGACAAACAAGACAAAAAAAAAUCACUCCAACCAUGACACGACCGGUUGGACCUAGCAGAACCAGUGCAAAUCUCCGACACCGGAGCCGCAUAUUUUUCAUCGCUAGCAUAAUCACACAUGUUCCACGCCAGGCGGUGGCAGCAGUCCUGCUGGCAUCGGUGCUCGGAAUGCUACUAGCCGGAACGGGAGAUGCAUACGCGUUGUCCGGUUACGAUACCAGUUCCAGAAAAGUUAGCCUAGUGAAAGCCAUCAAAGGAGACACCAUCAAUUUUAAGUUAAAAUAUGACGCAAAACCCCACAAAGUCAAAUCGCACAAACCAGACGGCUACAAGAAGUAUCGACAAGAAGGAUUACUGGAGUAUUUUCCGUCCGGAGCAUUGGAUCAGGAUGAAUUGUUAGCUAAUCGACUGGGAAUAGUGGUGGGAGCUUUCGGUAACACGCUGUCACAGAUUUUCUUCGGAACGGAUGAGGUACGAUCAGAGGUUACCUUCUGGUGCUCGAACCCAGAUCACCUAGGCUACAUGCAGGUAUUUGUCGAAGAUCCAAAUGUGCAUCAGAAGGUAGACAUCACGAAACCAAUUCUGUUCCUAACCCACGGUUGGACGGAUAAUGUCAACCGAACUUGGGUAAAGGAGAUUGUUGGCGAGUACAUUCACAACUUCGGAGGUAAUAUCUGUGCUGUAGACUGGAGUCAGUUGGCAUUGGUGGAGUACAACCUGGCGGCCAAGAACACGGGGAAAGUUGGUCGGUACCUGGCAAAGUUUGUAAAGUUUCUACUCGCCGAAGGACUCACCAUCGAACAGGUGACCCUGGUCGGUCACAGUAUGGGAGCCCAUAUUUCCGGUAUCGCUGGAGCAGCACUGGAUGGAAAGAUACCGAUGAUUGUUGGUUUGGAUCCGGCGGGACCCUCAUUCACCAAACCCUUCUUAGUGCGGGCGCAGAAGCGGCUGGACAAGAGUGAUGCAUUGUUUGUGCAGGCUAUUCACACCGAUAAAAAUAUUAUUGGAACGUCAACGAAUGUGGGGCAUCAGGAUUUCUACACUAAUAAUGGAGCUAGUCCGCAGCCGGGUUGCGAGUUUCCACUGGUCAAUAACGAUACUACGAAAGCAUACCUUCAAUUCAUCUGCAGCCAUUUCAAGGCAGUCGAGUACUUUCGAGCUUCGCUGAAUCGGCAGAACAUCUUCCAGGGUACUAAUUGUACAUCUUAUUACUUCUAUCGACGCGGCGAAUGUGCUAACAAUACGCGUGCCGAAUUCGGACUGUACAACAGCAAAGGAGCCCUCGGACCUCUGUUCAUCUCGAUAGACAAAACCGUUUACCCAUAUGCCAAGUCAAUAGCUCGAAAUAAAUGAAUAUUCACCGCUGUGCUC